UGUUGGAAUUCAUUAAACGUUUUACUGCACAACCCGAGCGACGUACGAGACGACGUACCCCGUACAGCAGUUAGAGCAGAUCCCGAGAGCUCCGUCGCACACAAAUCUUUCGUCUUCACACACACAUCAGCAGCAGCAGCAGAAGCUCAAUCAACCAUCAAUAUGAAAUUUUUAGUCACCAUUGCCACCCUCUGCCUGUGCCUGGCGUACGUUGCGGGCCAGCAAUACUUUUUGGGACAGUUCCCGAGCUCCCGUGCACGCUUUGGAUUCGACCCCCUGUCCCUGGCCCCGGCCUCAUCAGCGACGCAACAAGUUCGGGAUCCCCGACAGAACAGAGGCCCCGUCGUGUUCCCCCCAUCCCCGCCAGAUGCAGUCGACGAGUCCAGCGGCGUGGUUGUGGGUGCCUCCGGCUACGGAUUUGUGCCGCCCCAGCAAAGAAGAGUCACUGGUUAAACGUAACACGAAUCGUAAAUGUGUAAUUAAUACAAAAGCUUCAUACACCACACUCCUACACACACACACACACACAUGCGCGUACAAGCAACCUUCAACGCACACGCACACAGAUGCACAUGCACCAGCACCCGCACCCGCACCCGCACCUGCACUCGCAACACCAGCACCGGAAACGGAAAUGCGUCCCUCUUUUUUAGCUAAUUGCAAACAAACAAAGAAACAAAUGAAUACAAACCCAACCAAACACUUAACCACCCACAACUCCACAUUAAUUACCCCCAUCCUACACCUACUCCCUUCCCCCCACCCUCUCCCAGCACCACCUAACUUUAGUUAGUUUAAUUAGCUUGAAAAAAAAAAACUAAAAGUUAACUGCAUAUUUUUUAAUUGUUUCGUUUUUUAUACUUUGACUUAUGAUUUCUGCUUGAUUUUUUAAUUUAUA